GAUCGCCGAGGGCAGCCUGGGGCUGAGGCCGGUGCGCCCCUGGCAACGAGGCCGCACUGCAGAAGGGGCGGGAUCGCGCGCCUCCCCUUUAAGGAGGUUGUGGGAUGAAGUCACCGCUGCGCUGCCACCUUCGGGGAUCGGUGUGGCUCAGCUAUCUGAUCCGGAGCAGACGGCGUCGGCCGACCGAGGAAGAGGAGGCGGGCGUCGCGGCAGUUGCUUUCGGGGGCUCCAGAGACCUCCCCUGCCCUCCCCAAGGCGGCGACGGCGGCAGCGGGUUGUUUUUCUUUUGAGUCUUAACGACGACCUUCUCGUCCGUGCCGAGGCGCGGUGGUCUCGGUAUUGUCCGGUUCCCGGCCGCGAUGCCUUCGGACCGGCCUUUCAAGCAGCGGCGGAGCUUUUCGGAUCGUUGUAAAGAGGUACAGCAGAUCCGAGAACAGCAUCCAAACAAAAUUCCAGUCAUUAUUGAGAGAUACAAAGGGGAGAAGCAGCUACCUGUUCUGGAUAAGACCAAAUUUCUAGUUCCUGAUCAUGUCAAUAUGAGUGAAUUGGUAAAAAUAAUCCGGCGCCGGCUACAGCUGAAUCCAACCCAGGCUUUCUUCCUAUUGGUGAACCAGCACAGCAUGGUGAGCGUUUCCACCCCAAUCUCUGAGAUCUAUGAGCAAGAGAAGGAUGAAGAUGGCUUCCUCUACAUGGUCUAUGCUUCACAGGAAACCUUUGGGUAUUGAGUGUCACCACCAGAGAACUAAUCCCAAACUGUCGCAGCAACAUCUCUGCCUCCUCACUGCACCCCACCUUGGCAAACCCUGUGCAGAGAGAAGCUUUUGGUCCAGGAGCAGCCUGGAAGCGAUCGUGUUCCUCCAAUUUCAUAGCGCAUCAGACCAAGAUAAUUCAGUGUGUAGGUGUGUGAGACCCAUAAAUCUCUGUUUGCAUUGCCUCUUGUCUUUUAUGAUUGCUAUACAUUGUCUCCCAUCUUGUUCACGCAGGUGUGUUUGCUCUCUCUUUCAUAUUAUGUCUUCUUUCUUACUCCAAUGCCAAAUUGAUGGAGCCCCUGGCAGUCUGGCAAAUAAACUGUUUUCCUCACUUUUUAAAGCAAGGGAUGUAUUUGUUCUGCUAUUAAAGGGCAGAAAAUCAAAACAAAAAUAAAUUACUAUAACUUUUA